AUGAUUCAUAAUAAUUUAGAUAUACAAAUUCAUCAUAUUGGUCCUAUGUGCUUUCUUAAAAUUCUAUAUUAUUUCCUAAAUAUUCCAGAUGAUACUAUUAAUACAAUAGAAAAUUAUACUGAGAACAUUUUCAAACGAUUUCUAGUUUUAGAAGCAUCAACAAACGAGAAGAUAUCGUAUCAUUUUAUACAUGCAAAACCAUCAGCUAUAUUUGAAAAUGUAUCUACACUUGCAAUUUUUAUCAAAGCAAUGAUUCAUUUUGUAUUAUUAUCAGUUGUUCAACAUAAAUGCUCCAUGUUCAAUAUCACUUCACCAUUAGGGUCAUGUACUAUAUCAAACUUAAUUCAGAUCUUAGUACCACAUAUAAAUAUAUUACGAAAACAUUGUACUUCAUGUCAAACUUCAAUUCCUUAUAUUUCAAUCGCUGAUAUAGCAUAUUUACUAGUACAAAAUAAAACAAAUGAAUGGGUGACAGCAAUUGAUAUAAAUGUUUACUCAAACAAUCAGCAAUUUCGUUUAUUUAAUAGUAUCAAAUAUGGAAAAAAUAAUCCUCUUAUUUUAUCCACUACAUUUCCU